AUGUAUCAAGGUGAUUUUUAUUCACGUGAUUAUCGAUAUAGUAAUACAUUAGCAUGUCCAGAUAAUAAAAUAUGUAUUCCACUGGAUUAUUGUUCUGAUAUAGUGACAUUAUUAAAUGAAGCUACUAUUCCUAUCCAUCGAUUUCGACAAGCUGUUUGUGGCUACGUAGGAAAAACAGCUAAAGUUUGUUGUAAUUCACCUCGUGACAUUGGCAAUUAUAAUCCUGAUUAUAGUAAUAAAAAUCCAGAUCAUUCAUCAGAUCCUAAACCACGGGACUGUGGGCAAAGUUUAAUAAGAAGUUAUACUUCAACUUUAGGAGCAUAUCCUUUUGUUGCGAGAAUCGGAUUUAUUAAUCUAUGUGAUGGAAGUAUUAAAUAUCCUUGUACUGGAACAAUUUUAAAUGAACGAACUGUAUUAACUACUGCAACAUGUGCUUUAGCUAAUUCUGACGAUUAUAAACUACAUUCAGUAUUAAUUGGCGACUUUGAUACAUCAACAAAUCCAGAUUGUAAUAAACUAUUUUGUGCAUAUUGUUCACAAUCAUAUGAUAUAUCUUACGUAGUAAAACAUCCAAAUUUUAAAGCUGAAACAUAUGAACGCAAUAUUGCUCUUGUUCGUCUCAAUAAAUCUAUUGCAUUUACACUAACAGCACAACCUAUUUGUUACUCUGAUCAACAAUAUAUUACAAUCGGUAGUACUGCAAUACUUGUAGGCUGGGGAAAAUUAUCAGAUAAUAUAAAAUCAACUGAACAACAAAUAUUACCAAUUAAAAUAUUACAAACACAAAAUUGCGAUGAAUUCAUGUCUCAAGGUUUUGAUGUUGAGCUCUGUGCCGUUGGUUAUCAAGAUCCUUGUUCAGGAUUCAGUGGCAGUCCUUUAAUCACUCGUGAUGGAAGUGGUUUUACAGUGAUCGGAAUGUUAUCUUAUGGUUCUAGUUGUGAUGCAAAUAAACGUUUACCAUCAGUAUUUGUAAAUAUUCAAAAAUACGCCUUGUGGAUAACGGAAAAUUCUUGA